UCAUUUACGCUUUUCGUUGUAAAUAACUGCACAGACUUUCAUUGCAGUGGCAACAUACACACGGCACAUUCGGUGUUCCUCUGUUCAUAAUUUUUGACGACUUGUUGAGUGCGCGAUUACGAAAUAAGAUUCGUUUGCAUUGCAAUUCAUUAGUGGAUUGCAAUGUCUAUCGGAAACGUUUGCCUGUUUAUGGCACUGAUGCUGGGCCAACAGGUGCUGCCCAGCGCCAGUUGGCAGGCGCAUUUUGAGCCUGCGCUGCUGCAACUGGAAAUGGAGCGCAGCCACACAGUGCAUUUGACACUGUCCGACAUAACAGAUGAUCUGCAGCUGAUGACAGAUCGCUACAGCUUCCGGCUGCAAAGUACGCACGCUCAGUUGGUCAGUGUGCCUGCCGUGAAUUCAAGCAUCUCCAUGGAGGACGUGCAGCACAAUCAGUGGAAUGGCAGUAUACGCAUCGAUGCAUACUUUCUCGGCGAGGCCCGAAUCCAGGUGCGGCUCUAUGACGCAACCAAAAACACCAGCUCAGCGCCCCAAAAUGCCGGCAGCAAUGAUAGCACACUGAUCGUGCAGGUGGUGCGACCGGAGCGGAUCAUCGAUCACGUUUUCGUCGGCUCCAUCAUUCUGCUCAUGUCGCUGGUCUACAUUAAUUUUGGGGCUGCACUCAAUGUGGACGUCCUGCAAGGCUUGAUCACGCGCCCAGUUGGACCUUGCAUUGGUUUCAUCACCCAGGUUCUGGGUAUGCCGCUUCUUAGCUAUGCCCUGGGCGUUUUCAUUUUUCCCGACUCACCAGCCAUGCAGCUGGGCCUGUUCUUUACGGGCAUCGCCCCGAGCGGCGGUGCAUCCAACACUUGGUCGGCGGUGCUCAGCGCGAAUAUCAAUCUCUCUGUGCUAAUGACCACUGUUAGUAAUGUGGCCGCCUUUGCCACAAUGCCGCUCUGGGUCUUUACGCUGGGUCAGCUAAUCUUCGAGCGCGCUGGCAUGGUGCUGCCUUACGGCAAGAUUGCCAGUUACUGUGCAGCCCUGAUUGUGCCGUUGUUAAUUGGGCUGGCCAUCCAGCGUUGGCUGCCGCGCGUGACUCAGGUGCUGGUGCGUCUGCUGAAGCCCAUCUCUGCAUGCCUUAUACUCUUCAUUGUGAUCUUUGCGAUCAUCACAAACUACUAUCUGUUCCAGCUGUUCUCCUGGCAGAUCGCCUUGGCUGGUUUGGCGCUGCCUGGACUUGGCUACACAGUCGCCUGGCUGGCGGCCAAGCUGUUGAAUCAAAGUGCUUCGGAUUCAUUGACUAUUGCCAUUGAGACGGGUAUCCAGAAUACGGGCAUCGCGAUAUUCUUCUUGCGCACCACCUUGGAACAGCCGCAGGCAGAUCUGACCACAGUGGUGCCGGUGUCAGUGGCCAUUAUGACGCCGCUUCCACUGCUGGGCAUUUACUUAUAUCAACGCUUCUCCCGCCGGAAGAUUGGGGAAACCACAGCCGCCGAGCAUCAGCGCAUUGUUUAGUAUAAAGUCUUUGCUUCCAGUUUUAUAUAUG